CGAGGGAAGAUGGCGGGCCGCAGGCUCGCGGGGACCCUCUGAUGGAGCAGUGGGUGCCUGUGACCCCUGAGACCCUCUCAGAGGCGCUGAUAUGUGCCGAAAUGCCCACUCCAAACCGGGCCCCGCACUGUCUGCAGCCACAGAAGAGGUGCCCACAAAAGUCAGAUGCUGGUAUCUGCUGUCACUGAAUCUGACACAGACAUUGAAGAAUCAAUAGGAGAUCAGCCCUGGACACGUGUUGAUAUUGGUUAAACAUGUCGACUGAUACUUCCAGAAAAGCCCUGCUUCAAAAGUGGUGCCCAGAGUCAGCUACAUCUCCUAGACUUUUCGGUGGUGCUUCUCCGCACAUCCCUCCUCACAUCUCACCUCUCCAGCCCAUGGACAAAUGCACUGCAUCCUUUCCUGCCUCGCUCCAAGCUGCACUAUGAGAGGAAACACAAAGGGCAUCCUUGUGAUGUAUGAAGAAGAUGCUGAGGACUGGGCUGUGUACCUGAGGAAGCUAUUUUCCCAGGCUGUGGAGACAGAAGGGAUCCUGUUGUACCGCCUGGAGCACUUCUCCCUGCGGCAUUUGGAGUCUCUGAGCUUAACUUCCUACAAAUGUAAGCUUUUGAUACUGUCCGGCAGUGUACUGAGUGACCUCACACCAAAGAAGUGCGAGUUUCUGGAGAAGAUGCUGGACUCCCCAAACAGCGUGGUCACCCUGCUCUGCGGGCUGCGGAGCGCAGCUCCACUGUACGAGUCCUUAAACAUCCCUGCGGGCAGAUGGGAGCUGUCGACCGAGCAGCAACCCAGGGACUACAUCUCCGUGAUCCAGAGAGUCCUGUUCAGAGAUUCUGAAGCCUACCUUGAGGUCAGCGUUCCAGCAGAACAAAGAGUGAACAAUCCUGAGGAAAUGAAAGAGAAAAACAAAACUGAAGGCUCAUCUGGAACCUCCAGAAGUGCUGUAUCCCUGGCCAUGGUGCUUCCUGCUGAAGUUCCUUGUGAGAAUCCUGGUGAGAUAUUCAUUUUUCUGAAAGAUGAAGUAGUUGGUGAAACCGUGGAGGCUGAGUUUGUAUCACAUGCUAAGUACAUUCGAGCACGGCUGGCCCUUUGGGAUAAGAACGUCUGGUGUAUGAAAGCUCUAGAUUUUCCUCCUGGGCCAGUCAAUGUCCGUGUCUACUGUGAUGGAAUUCUGACAGCCACAGGAGAGAUGAAAUACUCCUCGCCAGCCAUGGUGGUGAAAGGUCCAACUAGAGCGGCAGACUCAGAAGGGACUUUGUGCUGGAAUGAUAUUGAAGAACUUGAUGGCAUUCUUGCAUCCAUAUUCAAACAUGAGAUACCAUAUUAUGACUUCCAAUCUCUUCAAAGUGAAAUUUGCCCUCAAAAUGAAUAUAUGCAUAUCAACGAACUCCCAACUCUCCUCCACUGUGCUGCAAAGUUUGGCUUAAAGAACCUGGCUCUUCAUCUGCUUCAAUGUUCAGGAGCGAACUGGGCAUCAAAGAUGAAAAAUACAAGUGGAGCAGAUCCAGCUCACAUUGCUAAAAAGUACGGGCAUGAAGAACUCAAGAAAAUCUUUGAAGACUUUUCAAUCCAAGAAAUUAGUAGAAAUAAUGAGCAAUUAAAUGACGAUGAAAAGGAUAGAGCCUCCCCUUCUGCAUACUCUCCUUCCUCAGAGAGUACGGCCUUGCACCGUGGAAGGAGGACCAAGCCCAGGCAGAGUGAGGGAGUCACAGACGCCACCGAGGAGACGGGGGAGGGACAGGAGCCUGAGCCAGGUGAGGAUGUGCAGCUCAGCCCCACAGAGGGGUCCAGCGAGAGCUCUGAGGACCCCUAUGAUGACCUGUAUGUCUUCAUCCCGGUGACCGAGCUGGACCCUGAGGGAGAGCCGCCAGCCUGCUGCAGACCCCCGCUGCCCUCACCGCGCCCAGCCUGUGCUGCCCUCCAGCCCGAGAAACCUCCCUCGGCCUCGCAGGGGAAAACUGGGGAAAGCCCGGUGGAAAGAAGUCACAACUGGAAUGAUUUCAGGGCAAGACAGGAAACAAGAGAUGAACCCAAAGGAGGAGAAGCAAAGAAAGAAGAUGAAAAGGUGCAGGAGGCAGAGGAGGACCCAUACACGUUUGCUAAGAUUGAUGAGAACGAGUACGACAUGAUUCUGAGCAAUAUGAGUGUAAAGAAAAAACCUGGAAGCCAGUCUUUCAUCAUGAACAGACCUCCCGCGCCCACACCCCGACCCACCACCACCUUUCCCAAAGAGGAGACCAUGUCUUACAUAGCUCAAGUUUUCCAGCAGAAGGCAGCCAGAAGACAAUCUGACAGUGACAAGUCCCACGGUCUUCCUAAGAAACCAGACAAAGCACGGAUGGAGAGCCCAGCCAUGUCCAUUCCAAGGGGCUGCCUGGCAGCCGGGCAGGAAGAACUCAUCCUCCUGCAGGAGAAAGUCAAAAAUGGGAAGCUGUCUGUGGAUGAAGCCCUGGAGAAAUUCAAACAUUGGCAGAUGGGAAAGAGCAGCCUGGAAAUGAUUCAGCAGGAAAAGCUACGCCAACUACGAGACAACAUUAUUGGGAAAAGACCAGAAGAAGAAAAUAUCUGUGAUAAACUCAUCAUUGUGCACCACCCAAGUGGUACCACUGCCCACAAUGAAAACAUGUUGCAUAACACCCCCUUCAGCAAUAAGGUUCCUGCUCCACUCCAAGUUGAAAAAGAAUUUGGUUUCUGUUGCAGGAAAUAUCAUUAAAGAAGGUAUUAUAAUGAAACCCCAGACUGCAGACACUGUGCUUUCUGGGAGAAGCUAGCUCGCAUUUGGAUUUUCUUCUCCCUCCAGGGCAAAUUUAUACUGUGAAUUCUUGAAAGCAGAAGCAAGCCGGGGAUUUGGGGAUAUGUAAUUACCACAACGUAUUGGUGAUACCUGUCUCAAAUAAGUCCAUCCAUGCUGGAAUAGCAUAUCAUGGACCAAUGGCAUUCUGGGAAAAUGCCUGUAUUUUAAAACGACUUUGUCUCCAAUGAAAUGAGUUCUCAUUUUGCAAAUUAAAGAAAAAUAAGAGCAGAGAAGGUAAAUGCUGUAUAGCAAGGUGACAGGGCCCCUCAAGGGGCCAACCUGAAUGGCUUACUCCUCUUCUGAGACUCACCUUGACAGCACAGACUCCCAGCUUACACAUUUGCCUUUUAGGGACAGGUCUGCUGUCUGUAUUUCUUACAACCAGAGCUCUUAUUACUUUUGUUAUAUCGUGUUUCCAGAAACCUUCCUGUAUUUAGUGCCUCUCUGCAUGUAACCCUCAAAAACAUUCUAUUUUAAAAAGUUUUUUCUGUACUUCAAAUUAAGAUGCAUUUCUAUAACCUGUAUUUUUUAUUAAAAAGCUCUAAAAUUGCAUCUACUUAUUUCUUAGAAACAAUUUACUAGCUUGAAAUAGAAUGCAGUGUUAUAUUACUAUUUCCAUGCACAAAUACUGCAAAUAAAUUGAGUGUUUAAAUCUG